CCGCUGCUGCAUGCAUUCCCGCCACACACACACAUACACAUACCUACAAACACGGGCGCCGCAAACAUGCAUCUCUCCGGCCUCCUACCACUGGUGGUGCUGCAAUUGACUCUCGCCGCCGCGGCGGCGGCAGAGGCGGUCAUCCUAAAGCUGCCCUACAUCACACUACAAGGCACGACCUCCACUGACACGAACCUGACGGUAUACAGCCGGAUCCCGUUCGCACGGGCGCCAUCGCGGUUCCGCGCGCCGCAGCCACCGCAGGACGUCCGCGCCGCGGGCGUCUACGACGCAACCCGCAGCUUCGACAUGUGUCCGCAGCGCGCGAGCAACGGCAGCGAGGACUGUUUGUACCUCGGCGUGUAUGGCCGGCCGUGGAAGGAGGGACAGAGGAAGAGGCCGGUUAUGGUGUCGUUCUAUGGUGGCGGGUUUAUUCAGGGAGAUGCGAAUUUGAGGGCGCCCUGGCCCCAGGUUUAUCCGGUGCUUAAUCUCACCGCCGAUGGGUUCGUCGCCGUCUAUGUCAAUUAUCGCGUCAAUGCAUUUGGGUUCCUCCCUGGUAAACGGGUCAAGGACGGCGCGGAUUUGAAUGUUGGACUUCUCGAUCAGAGACGGGCGUUGGAGUGGGUUCGGUCGUACAUAAGUAAAUUCGGCGGCGAUCCGAACGACGUGACGAUAUGGGGACAGAGUGCGGGCGGCGGCAGCGUCGUCUCCCAGCUGAUCGCCAACGGCGGCAAGACGAAGCCGCAGCUAUUCCGGCGGGCUAUCCUUUCCUCGCCGUUCUGGCCACGGCACUACCGCUACGACUCCACGGAAGCCGAGGACCUGUUCGACACGCUCGCCGAGCUGACGGGCUGCGCCGGCAACGCCACCGUCGACCCGCUGGAAUGCCUCAAGACUGUACCGGUGCAGACCAUCCUCGACGCGAACGUGGUGAUCAACGCGAUGCACACGAACACCACGUCAUCGUACACGUGGGCGCCCGUGAUCGAUGACGAUCUCCUUCCGCUGUCGCUGUCGGAGGCGACGCGGCGCGGCGCGAUAAACGGCGAGGCUGUGCUGGCCGUCUACAACACGUACGAAGGCACGACUUUCAUCCCCGGGUACGUCUCGACGGAGAAUAAGACGCGCGAAUGGGUGAAGGGGUUUCUUCCCAACUUUGACGAGACGGCGCUGCAGAAGGUCGAGGAUGCCUAUCCUCCGUCGGCGAACGUGAGUGCUAGGGACCGCGCGGGGUUCAUAUACCGCGACGUGGUCCUGUCUUGUCCGGCGUUUUGGCUGGCCGCCGGGGCAAAGAGCGGCUGGAUCGGCGAAUAUCAGAUCUCGCCGGCGCGGCAUGCUAGUGAUGUCGGCUACUGGAACACGGUCAACUCACUACAAACGACCAGUCCGAUUACGUACAAGGGCUACACGGGUGGGUUCGCGGGGUUUAUUACGAAAGGGAAUCCGAACGCGAUCAGUGGAGUGACCUGGCCGCCGAUACGGAACGGCAAAGGACUGGGCAUGGUUAUCAACUUGGAGCAGUUUGGAACACAAUCGUUGGCGGAUCUGAAGAAGAAAUGCGACUUUUGGAGGAGCAUGGGGGGAACUGUGCCGGUUUAGACGGGGGUGUAGAUAGUGAAUAUGUAAUACUAAGGGAUAUGCAGAGCAUGUCCGACGUAAAUAAAGGGGAC